AUUUUACAUGAACAUAAAAGUUGGAGGGUUGAAUGGAAGCAGAAACCAAAUCCGAUCGAGGAAUUAACCGUGAAACAGGUCCAACUUCUUGUUUUUGGUACCAAUUUGUUGAAAGAGAAAGAGGGCGAGACAGAGAGCUGAAGCGAAAGGUUUCGGAUUUGAUCUCUGUGCAAAGUCUUGCUACUUUUGGGAUGGAUCUAGGCCCGCCACCAGGGGAAAAUUAUGCAAACCCUAACAUAUGUUUCUUUCACGUGGUCUUCAAGGCUGCAGCAUUGGCAUUCUAUAUCCUAUCAACUCUCUUCGUGAAUAGCUUUGUCAUAAUUUUUGUUAUCACGGUUCUUCUUACUGCUCUUGACUUUUGGGUGGUUAAGAAUGUGAGUGGCCGUAUCUUGGUUGGUUUGAGAUGGUGGAAUGAGAUAAAUGACGAUGGUGAGAGUGUUUGGAAAUUUGAAUGUCUUGACCAAGAGUCAUUGGCUCGGAUGAACAAGAAAGAUUCAUGGCUCUUUUGGUGGACACUUUACCUUUCAGCUGUUGCAUGGUUAGUUUUGGGAAUCUUCUCGCUGAUAAAGUUUCAAGCCGAUUACCUAUUAGUAGUUGCAGUUUGCUUGACCCUGAAUGCUGCUAACAUUGUUGGAUUUACUAAGUGUCGCAAAGAUGCUAAGAAACAGCUUCAAGAUUUUGCGACCCAGACUAUUGCAUCUCGAUUCUCAUCCACAAUACAGACAGCAUUUAGCGUAGUAUGAGACAGAGCAGUGACAAUGAAUGUAGUUGGGGGAUCGAAAGGAUAUAUAUAAAAAGUUGGUAAAACUGUAAUACUUGAUCGUCGAGCUUUCAUAGUUAUUUGAUUUGUGUUUAAACUCAUCAUCUUGCCAUGGAAUACUAUAAUAGGAGAUUGUUGUAAUGUAUGUCUCAUGGAUUUUGUAAUUCAAGACUACGAGAAAGCUCACAAACUUUUGUAAAUUUUACCAUUCAAGGUUUUGCUUUUUGCUUAAAUGGAUAUUGUUUUUCUCUUAGAA